AUGGUAAGUAUAAAUAAAAGUACAGUGGUUACAGUAAUCCGGUGAGAUAUACCUUUACGGACUAUUACAAAAAACAGUUGGGAUCGCUUUAUUGGAAUGCAAUUAGACUUGAUUUCCUUUGUUUUAGAUGCCCCGAUCGAGACGCGGAUUUCAGGCCGCUUCGGCCGCCAAUCCCGAACGAGUCCGGACUCAUCUCCUCUUUUCCUCCCAGGCUGAACACCACACCGCCAAGCGGAAACGCCGCCCGCACAGUGAGUCAGGGGCACAAUUGUCUACUUAUUUAUUAUUUUGUUAUUCCAAGUUCUCUGGGUCUAAUUUUGAGCCAUUUCUCCAAUAGAUGAUAUAAGUCAUGAGGAAAGUCCGGGAGAAAUGUAGGUUUUUUGGCGGGAGAUGAAUUUAUUUGUUAGUCUGCUCUAAAAGAUGAUAAGAUGUGUGAUGUGAUUUGUCUUAUAGCACUUCCGCUUAUUUUCUUUAAUUUCAGACAAAUUCCAGUCGGUCCACAAGAAGGACGAAAUGAUUCAGGCCAAUCCAGAUGACCUGGAUCCCACGGCCUGGACUGGAAAUCAGCGAGUUCUUCACUUUGGCCCCAUGGCCAAUAGAGAUCCGUUCUUCUAUUACUACCCCAAGGGCUGGGAUAUAUUAUAUCCUGCGCAAUUCGGGUUCUUUCCUUAUCGAACGAGGUAAAAUACGACAUUCUGUAUCUCUGAUCACUUUAGACUAGCUUACGAUUGAUUUUGAUUGUAGUAAAUUUCGUGGUAACUCGGUUACUGUCUGCGUAUGGGCUUUUGGAACGUUUCUUCUGCUUGGAGGGGCUCUGAUGUCAUAUCUUGGGUAUUUUGUUAUACACGACACUCCAUUUUGGAUGUGGAAGAAGAAGAGUAACGCAUCGAUACCACCAGUGCAAGUGGCUGGGCCAGUUAUGUUGGUGAUUGGAGGAUUACUCGUUCUCAUCGGGCUGAUAUGCUCAAUUUGUACUUCUGACGUGAGUUUAUAUGGCAAAAAAUAUUAUAUCUUUUUUUAGUUUCUAAGUGAAAAGAUUCGGCAUUAUCAUCAUCGUGGACAGCCAGCAUCAGUUACAGUUUAUACAACACAUAUCGAGGUAAAUUGUGGUUGUGUAUUUUUGCAUUUACAUUACUUUUAGCAACCGAAGGCAGUUUACGAGAAGAAUCCCUAUCAGCCUCUUCCCCCUCCGGCAUUUCCAAUUCUCGAGAACAAAUAUGCUCACAGUUCUGGGUGGAAUCCAUAUGCCGAACUCAAAUUAUUCCCUCCAGUGUAAGUUGCUUACGGCCAUGUUUUAUUUUUUACAGUAUGCCCGGAUAUUCAACAUUAUCGUUACAUGGAGAGCAUCAAAAUCGUGGAAAUUCACCCUCUGUUUUUGUGGCUAGCCCCUACAAUACAUUAAGAGCAAUGUCGGCUAAUCGGUAAGUACGAAAAGAUCCUAGGAUAGUAUUGCAAUUACUGCGGUAAAUGGGUCCAUGAUAUAAAUAUAUUGGUCUCCGUUUACAUUCAUAUGAUUCAUACUAAGUCAACACUGUUAUUAAGGGCUUCUUUUUUGCAGUGUUAUUACAGCAGUUGUUUUUAGUACUUAUACAUGUACGAGUACUGUGUAUAUUCGAAUUUUGUUUCAGAUAUGCGGGCUCGGAACCCCUCCAGACUCCAAAUGCCUCAGGAAAUCAGCUCGAGAAUGCAUCGACCGCCUCGGGUGCUGGAAGUUUAAGUAGCAAUCGGCAAUCCAUCUCCUCAACAGCGCAACGCCGGGCCAAAUCAGUUGGCCAGAUGCCGAAAUCUCGAGAAUCUUCGGUCUCCCGCCGCUUUCGGGAGUAUUCCCACAACAAUUGA